UAUAUAAUUAAUGAUUUGCUUCGCAUUUAGAUCAGGUUUAGAUUGUUUCCUUGUGACGUGUCCUCCUCCUCGGCCAAUGAAACGCGGGUUUGAACAGGUGAGCCACGCCUCCCUGGGUUUAGUUCUACGUUCUAUUUCCAGUUCUGGCCAAUCUGAAAUUUCUUUCCCUUCAGCCAACAAUAACAUGGAGCGCGUUCGUGUCCCGCACUACAAAAUCUCCCGCUUUCUCGCGCUUUCUCCCGCUUUUUAGUCUUUUCUGUCAUUUUUACGCACACAUACAUAGCCAGUGGCCACCAAGCGGCGACAAAGUACUUGUUAUAAAAGUAUAUAUAUUUUUUUGUAUACAGAUGUCACAGUAAAAGCGUAUUUUGGAAUAAAUUGUUAAAACAGGAAGAGUAAUUAAUGUGAAGGCAAGAGCAUAUAUUACAUUAAUACUUAAUAAUAUAUUUAUUCAAUAGAAAUAUAAGUUUACUUUUACCCGACUGGAUCAUAACAAUAUAAUCUGUAUUAAUUUUAAAUACAUUUAAUGUAUACAUUUCGUUUGUUUUUGGCAUUUGUUUACUGGUAGGAUAGUUUAAACUAGUUUUUCCGAACUCUCAGCGUCACGUUACGUGUCGCCAUGGCAACACAAAGUCAGUCCAACACAAGCUCAGAGUGCGUUUACCGGCAACAGCAUGAAAACAACAGACCAGGCAUUUCUCUCAAUGUUUAAACCGACUAUUUAUUAAUAAAUAAAGACUUUUAUGUUUAUUUUUUCUGUCGCCCUCUGCACUAAGAAAACUACAUGACAUUCAAGGAAAGGAAAGCAUGGGUAAACUCUACAAAGGCCUGAAUGAAUUUCAGGGAUGUGCUUCAUCUAUUCCAACCAAGUACCAGACAAUCAUCAUCAGCAAUGAAGAGAAGAAAGGCUUCUCCUCGCAGUCAAAGAGGUUUCAAGAUCACCUGAAUGAGAAUCCAGGGCCUGGUUCUUAUAUCUCACAUGCAGCUGCUGAGGGAUGCAGUCCUUCAUUCUCUAAGAGAGGAACCGGCAGCUUUGCUUCAAAAGCUGGUCGCGUGCCCCAUAGCUUCCAGAGAUUAAGCCCAGGACCUGAUGCUUAUAACCUCCAGACAUCUCUACUUUACAAGCACGAUUUUAACAGAGGAGAAUCCAGAAUGUUUCGUCUGCCUGUUGCAGUAAAGAGGGAAAAACCAAAAAAUGAAAAUCCUGCACCAAAUCUAUAUGAUGUGUCUUAUAGUGCCGUGGACAAAAAUUCAACUGUUUCAGCUCAAAGUGCAUUUCGCUCUAAAACCAGACGGAGUGCCAGUGUCUCAGACAACUUUAAAGGACCCUCUCCCUGCCACUAUAACGUGAGUGACGUUUUGCUCCAGAAGACACCUCAAGUUCCGUACUCCUGUUUUAAAUCCACCACUUCCCGGAUCCAGCCACCAGUGAGAAACAACAUCCCUGGUCCCGGGACCUAUAACCCCUAUCAACCACCAGAACCAGUGAAGAGAACCGUUCUGCCAAGAAGACACUACUUGGGAUUAUCAGCGCCACCUCUGAUACCCACCAAAGACCCACCCUUCCCAGGCCCAGGACAUUAUAACAUAGUGAACUCCAAUCAUCCGGUUAAACACCUUGUGUCUAGUGCUGCCUUCCUGUCUGGGACAAGCAGGUGGACACAGGACGUCAAAGGACAGGAUAUACCUGGUCCAGGUUUCUAUGAACCCAUGGUCCUUUCAAAGACGUCAUUCUUGUAUAAUCCUGCAAAAAUGUGGAUGCCAGCUUAAACAAACUUAUAUUAAACAAGUUUUAGUAAACAGUAUAAUACAGAUUUUAAGUAUUUGAUUGCUCAUGUCUCGUAAAAUGUGGGUCUUGAUAAGAUUACUAUUUUAAAAUUUUCAGCUGUGCUUACAAAUUGCUGUAAUGAAGAACUAUACACUGGCAAUCAAAAGUUUGAAGAUAUUUAAA